UGUAAAUUGACAAGAUGGCGAGUGUCGCACUGCUCGCUGUCUUCCUUCUGUCCGGCAGUUUCCCUGCCCGAGCCCAGGACACCAGAACCGACCAGGCUGGGUCCGUCCUGCGGGAGUAUGUAGACAAGGGCUACUGUACCUACACCUAUGUGGUUCCGCCUGGGUCCCGUACUGAGGGCUGCACACCGCCGGGCCUCGAGCGGCAGCUCGCCGAGAACAAGGAGGAAACUGACCGCCUGAAAAAUCAGGUGGAUAGGCUGUCGUCGCUGGUGAACACUCUGCUGUCAACGGUGGGCAGUUUGUCUGCUGAACUGUCGGAGGAGAAAGUCAGGAGUGCACAGCUGGAACAGAACCUGACACAGGGGCUACAAGAACAAGAAACCCGUCUCCAAACCCAGGGACAAGUUAUAGCACAGGGGAUACAAGAACUAGAAACCCGUCUCCAAACCCAGGGACAAGAUAUAGCACAGGGGAUACAAGAACAAGAAACCCGUCUCCAAACUCAGGGACAGAACAUGACACAGCAGCUACAAGAACAAGAAACCUGUCUCCAAACCCAGGUACAGAACCUGAACCAGGAGCUACAAGAACAAGAAACCCGUCUCCAAACCCAGGUACAGAACCUGAACCAGGAGCUACAAGAACAAGAAACCCGUCUCCAAACCCAGGUACAGAACCUGAACCAGGAGCUACAAGAGCAAGAAACCCGUCUCCAAACCCAGGUACAGAAUCUGACUACAACCUUGUGCGUACAUGACAUGAGCAUUUUUUCUCGAAUUCUUAUAAUGUGUGCUUAA